AUGACAGGGGCAAAAAGGACAAGAGGCACAGUCUGGAGGAAGAUCCAGGCUGUUCACUUUGAAGAUAUCAAAGCCUGGUGUAUGAGAAGGUUGCCUAUCUUUAAAUGGGUGCCUGUCUACAACUGGAAGGAAAAUUUGGUUCCUGAUACUGUUUCUGGGAUGAUGCUAGCCAUCCAGCAGGUGACUCAAGGGCUAGCUUUUGCUGUUCUGUCUUCAGUCCAUCCAGUUUUUGGUUUAUAUGGAUCUUUCUUCCCUGUCAUUAUUUAUGCCAUAUUUGGAAUGGGACGUCAUGUUGCAACAGGAACUUUUGCUUUAACUUCCUUAAUAUCUGCCAAUGCAGUUGAGCGUCUUGUUCCUUCAGUCAGAACUAAUUUCACUGCAAACAAUAAUUCAGGAAUUUUGGGUUUGUCAGAACUUGAAAUACAGCGGAUUGGAGUUGCAGCAGCAGUUUCAUUUCUAGGAGGAAUCAUUCAGGUAGCAAUGUUUAUGCUGCAGUUGGGCAGUGCCACUUUCUUGUUAACGGAACCUGUGAUAAGCGCGAUGACAACAGGAGCAGCUACACACGUUGUGACUUCACAAGUGAAGUAUCUGCUGGGAAUGAAAAUGCCAUAUAUAUCAGGACCACUGGCAUUUUUUCAUAUUUAUGCCUAUGUGUUUGAGAAUAUCAGAUCCGUUCAGUUGGAGGCAUUACUUCUCUCCUUGUUGAGUAUUGUGGUACUUGUUCUUGUUAAAGAACUGAAUGAGAAAUUUCACAGAAACAUUAAAGUUGUCCUUCCCAUCGAUCUGCUUUUGAUAAUUGCUACAUCCAUUGCUUGCUACUAUGCUGAUAUGGAAUACAUCUACGGGAUAGAAGUUGUGGGAAAUAUUCCUAAAGGGUUGCCAUCACCAAAAGCACCACCCAUGAGUGUCCUGCCUGAAGUAGUCACUGAAGCUUUUGGAGUGGCACUGGUUGGUUAUGUAGCCUCACUAGCUCUUGCUCAAGGCUCUGCUAAAAAGUUUAAAUACACUGUGGAUGACAACCAGGAAUUUUUGGCUCAUGGGCUCAGCAACGUGAUUCCUUCAUUUUUCUUUUGCAUACCAAGUGCUGCAGCGAUGGGACGGACGGCACUUUUAUAUAGUACAGGCGCCAAAACACAGGUGGCUUGCCUUAUCUCUUGUGUUUUAAUUCUUGUGGUAAUCUACACAAUUGGACCUCUGCUCUAUUGGCUUCCUAUGUGUGUGUUAGCAAGCAUUAUUGUUGUGGGCUUGAAGGGGAUGCUAAUGCAGUUCCGUGACUUAAAAAAAUAUUGGAAUGUGGAUAAAAUAGACUGGAGCAUAUGGGUUAGUACCUAUGUGUUUACAAUAUGCUUUGCUGCUAAUGUGGGACUGUUGUACGGUGUUGUCUGCACUAUAGUAAUCGUGAUUUUCCGCUUUCCCAGAGCAAAGAUGCUGAAUUUGAAAAAUAUGAAAGAGGUGGAAUAUAAAUACAAAGCAGAAGAUAAUUGUGAAUCACUAAAACAGGUAAAAAUAGUUUCAGUCAACAGCCCAUUAGUCUUUUUGAAUGCCAGAAAAUUUCACGCUGACCUGUUAAAGAUAAUCCAGAAGGAUGGCAUAAGCAGCCAGGUAUGUGAUACUGUAAAUAAGUGUGAGCAGAACACAUUGCUCUGUUCAUUUUCCAAUGGAAGUUGCCAUGGUGAGUUGGUGCAGUCAUGUCACAGUGAGCGACAUGUUUUGAUAUUAGACUGCAGUGGACUGAAUUUCUUUGACUACACUGGAGUGUCAGUGCUUCUUCAGAUUUACAUGGACUGUAAAAGCAGAUACAUCGAUGUGUUGCUAACACAAUGCAAAGCUUCCUUGAUAAAAGCAAUGCAGUACGGUGGAAAUCUUGACUCUGAAAAUCCUGUAUUUUUUGAAUCAAUUUCUUCAGCAAUUGAUGCCAUUCAGAUUCAAAGGAAUUACAGCAAGUUCAGUGAACAGAGUGAAGUGUGAUGCCCACCCAUUGAGCACAGCGAGUCUCAUCUG